AUGCUCCCCAGCCCCGCUACCUCUACCCCCUUCUCAGUUAAGGACAUCCUGAGGCUGGAGCUGCUCCAACAGAGCGAUGGGCAAGUGGAGGUCGCCCCUGCACGAACCGACCCUGCUGCCACCGACCCCCCACACACUGCAGCUGGAAGGAGCGAGCUCAUAGAGGGGGACAGGGAGUCCCCGGGAGUUGCCUGCGAAUCCCCCCAAAUUGAAGAUCUGGAUUUCUCCCAGGAGCAAAGUGGUUAUUUUGGGGGCACAGUGAGAGGGGGCCCCCCCGAGCGGCUCCAGCACAGACAGAGGAGGAAGCCCAGAGUGCUUUUCUCCCAGAUGCAGGUGUUUCAAUUGGAGAGAAGAUUCAAGCAGCAGAGGUAUCUGUCCGCCCCUGAGAGGGAGCAGCUGGCUUUGGCCUUAAAGCUCACGUCCACCCAGGUGAAGAUCUGGUUCCAGAACAGAAGAUACAAGUGCAAGAGACAGAAACAGGACCUGUCCCUGGAGCUUGCUGGGCACCCAAUCCCCCCACGCAGGGUGGCAGUGCCAGUGCUGGUUAGGGACGGCAAACCUUGCCUGGGGCACACUCAGACAUUUGCUUCUCCUUAUAAUGUCUCUGCCAAUCCUUACACUUACCCCGUCUGCUAUGGCAAUUACACCAACAGCCCUUAUUACUCAGGUGCACCCAGUGUGCCAACCAUGGGGAGUCCUGCACAGCUGAUCAGUAUGAAUACCACAUCUGUGCCAAGCAGUGCCCAGCAAGGACAGUUACAGGCCACACAGCAAGGGAUCAGGGCCUGGUGA